AUGAGUGCUUCGAAAGCGAUCGUCAAGGCACUGCAGCCUUACACGAGCUGUGAUGUCGCCGACGCUCUUAUCAAACUAAAAGUCCCCCAUGGCGGCUUUCUCCCUGGCCUCACAAUGUGGUCGCCCAAACGACAAGAAGGCACCACCAAAAUCAUUGGACCAGCUUAUACCGUCAAAUACGUCCGGAAGAACUAUGAAAACGAGCCGAAACCUGCUUCGCACUACAUUGAUACUGUCCCAGCGGGAUCUGUUCUUUUCAUCUCAGCGCCCCCAAAGAUGAUCAACGCUUGCUACGGAGGAUUGAUGAGUACGCGGGCACAGUACUCUGGUGCGGCGGGGUCGAUUAUCGAUGGGCGUUUGAGAGAUUUGCAGGAGCAUCGGGAUUUGGACUUUCCAGUCUUCGCCAAAGAGGUCGGCACCACAGCGCCCGCGGAGGUUGCCCGAGUCAGCGAGGUCAACAGCCCCGUCCGCUUCAACAGUGAAGAACAAGAAACCCACAUCCACCCGGGAGACAUCCUCAUCGCAGACCUCAACGGCGUGGUGGUUUUACCCAAAGAUCUCGCCGAGCAAGCCGUCGAGCUCAUUGCCUCGCAAGUUGAAGCUGAUGAGAAUACCGCGAAGGAACUCAAGCAGGGGGCGCUGUUUGACGAGACGUCGAAGAAGUAUCGCGCGGGUUUGAAGUGGCCGAAGAAGUUGUAA